AUCCACAUCAUUGGAAUUAAACGCAUAAUCAUUUACAAUUAAUAAAUCAAUAAAUACAAUUAAUGAAUUUCCAAUAUAAUUAUUUAUAUAACUAAUUACACAUUAAAUUAACGUGAUAUCGAACGAGAUUUUUGUAGCGCUUAUUACAAUCCUUUUUAUUUGGAAAAAAUUAUUCGUAAGAAAUGAUUGGUUAACAAUGUUGCGUUGGACGGGGAAAACCCUACAACUACCAUCAAGGUUAUGUUUUGACGUAUUAAGAUAAAUGUGAUUUGCAAACAAUGAAUGCUCAAAGUAUGUGCAGUCCAUUUAGUGAAUCUCAAAGGACUUCCUCGAUGUCACCAUUAACUGAAAAUGAAUUUAUGUCAUUAAAGAAUGCAACAGCUAUUGGAGAACCACAUUUAAUAAUUCUGGAGCAGCCAAUGGAAAAAUUUAGAUUUCGAUAUAAAUCAGAAAUGAUAGGGACACAUGGAAGUUUAGUAGGAUCAAACAGUAACAGCAGUCGGAAAAAAAAUGCACCAACAGUACAAUUAAAUAAUUUCAUGGAGACUGCAAUAAUUAGAUGCACAUUAGUUACAUCUGAUGAAGGUCGAAGAAUACCUCAUGCACACAGAUUAGUGUAUAGAGAUGGUGGUGUUGAUUAUGAUGAACCAUAUCAUGUUAAGGUGUCCCCUGAAACUGGCUAUAUUGUAGCAUUUCACGGAAUGGGAAUUAUACAUACCGCAAAAAAACAUGUCAGAGAUGAACUUAUUCGGAAGAUGAGAAUAGAAGCUUUAGAAAGAAAUAAAAGGAGUAAUAUAAAAGCUACUAUUAGCACUCGAGAAGAAGCUCAAAUCAAAGCUGAUGCUGAAUACUACCAAAAAUGUAUGAAUUUGAACAGUGUCGCGUUAUGUUUUCAAGCAUUUAUUGUGGAUAAUGAUAACGUUAUGAGACCAAUAACAGAACCUGUUUAUUCACAUACCAUCAAUAAUCUCAAAAGUGCAUUGACUGGAGAACUUAAAAUAUGCAGAAUUGAUAAACACACCAGCUGUGUUGAAGGAAAUGAAGAAGUGUUUAUACUUGUAGAAAAAGUAGGAAAAAAAAAUAUUAAAAUAAAAUUUUUUGAACUAAACGAAAAUGAUUGUGAAGUUUGGUGCGCAUACGGACGCUUUACGGAAUUGGAUGUUCAUCAUCAGUAUGCUAUUGUAUUUCGAACGCCGGCAUAUAAAGAUCUUAAUAUUACUUCACCAAAAGAAGUUUUUAUUCAAUUAGAACGACCAUCUGAUGCAGAAUGUUCUGAACCAAUAAAAUUUACUUAUAAACCAAGUGACAGAAUUAUAGGCAAGAAGCGCCAACGAAUGUCUUACUCCGGAAGUUCAGAAUUGUCACACAUAGUUCCAACUUAUAACAGUCCCGUUGUAGAUAAUAUAUCAGAAAUCUUAAGUGGCGAUAGUCGGGAUGUUUCUAGAGAAUUAAAAAAAUUACUUUCUGAAGGUUGUUCUUCGCCACUGCAUAAAAAUCUCUUUGAAUGUAUAGACUAUGAACAAUAUUUACCAUUUAUUGAAAACGGUGAUGAGAAUAUGUUGACUUCCGAUGGUCCGCUAAUUAGACAGCAUCAAGAUGAUACAAUGUUCCCCAAAAAUAUACUUACUGAAGUGAUAAAAUGUAUGAAAAUGAAUUCAGAAAAUAUGAAGGAAUAUAUUCCAAAGCUGCUUAAAGAUCGUUCUACCUAUGGGGAUUCCCCAUUACACGCAGCUCUUCGGUACGGUCAACAUGAUAUUGUUAAAUACCUUCUAAUGUUAAUAAGUGCUGACAAAGAUUGUAAGUCGCUUGUAAAUGGACAGAAUAGUUCGGGAAAGACGCCAUUACAUUAUGCUGUCUUACAAAACUUACCAGAAGUUACAAAAGCGUUACUCAUGCUUGGAGCUGAUCCAAAUCGAAUUGAUGAGCAUGGAUUUUCUCCACUGCACGCUGCAGUGAGAAUUCCAGAAGGUGGCGCCUGUGUUGAUGCUUUAUUGUCAGAGAAAACAGUUAACAUUGAAUUACCCAAUGAUGCUGGAUGGAGAGCAUUACAUCUUGCUGCAGAAGCAGGAUCGUACGAUGCAGUAUGUUUCCUUGUUCAAGCAGGAGCAAAUGUAAACGAUACCGAGAUGUCUUAUGGUAGGACAGCAUUGCACAUAGCUGUAGAAGGUGGACAUAAAAAUAUUGUUGAAUAUUUGCUUAAAAAGACAAAUAUAUCUGUAAAUAAAAGAAACUUCAGUGGAAAUACUGCUUUACAUACUGCAGUUGUACAUUCCGGAGCAAGAGCAAAAGAAUUGUGUGCAUUACUGAUACGAUAUGGCGCUGAUCCACAUAUUCAAAAUCAUAAUCGGGAAACAGAUAAUGUGGACAAAAGAAAAGGGCCUAGUAUCAAUAUAAAAGAAGAAAUCGAUUCGGAAGAUGAAAAUACAGAAGGAACUACUGGACAAUCAUCGUUUGAUUUGGCCAUGAACAAACCAGAUAUUUUGCAACUUUUUAAUGGGAAGACCGAAGACACUGCGAACCAAAUGUGUUCAGUUGCUACAAAAUUAGAAAUAGAAGAUAAGAAUUUACUUACAAAUUGGUUAAACAAUGAACACAAAGAAAAGUUAUCUACUCUUUUAGACAAAACGCAAGGUUGGAGGAAACUUGCAAAACAUUUAAAUUUUGAAUAUUUUUUAAAAACUUUUGAACAGAGUUCCUCAAGUCCGUCUUUACUUUUAUUAAAUUAUAUUGACGUGCAGGCAUCAUUAUCUUUAAUAGAUAUGGAGAAAUUGUUAAGAGAUACCGGGGAAGAAGAAGCAGCAAAUUAUGUGCAUGAAAUUUCAUCCACAUAUACGUAAAAUACAUCUCUUCAUUUUCAAAUGUAUUUGUAUUUUGUAUAUCUGUAUAUUUAUAAAAUACCACAUCCGUCUAUCUGUCUCUAUGUUUAUCCACUUUCAACUCGUGAACCGGUGGACAGAUUUUGAUGCAGUUUUCACCGUUAUUUAUCAAAUUUCAGGAAAACUUUUUUUCUUUAUAAAACAUUUGAUUAAUCAUAGAGGUGUAAUAAGCAAGCUCCCUCUAAAACGAACUUUGUCAUGUACCGAAAUCCAAGUGAGCGAAGUCGAGGGCAAAAGCUAAUAUGUCUAUAAGUAAAUAAAUAAGUUCAUAAGUGAAUA